AUGACUUGCGAAACAGAAGAGGCCAAAACUGCCCUAUUGUGCAGAAUGCUAGGAGCUGGAACGUUCGAUUGCCCCGACGUGCAGUUAAAGGCCCUUCUGAGCUUGCAAUACCGGACUCAUUAUCAUGUCUUUGGAGGGAUUGCUAUGAAAGAAAGCGCGUUGCGAAUAUUGAAUGAGGAAUUGAUGAAAGUGGGCUACGAAAGUGCUUCUGAUCCCCUCAAAUUGAAAAUUGGGCUGAAUUUGAGCGGAAUUCUCAACUAUCAUUUGUCUAACGGUGACCUAGCACACGAGAGCUUUCACCGUGCGGGUACCAUAAAAUUAACCGCUGUACCCAGCUUUUCCAUGCUGCUCGAGCUUGAAGCACUUUAUUACACAGGCUUGUUGCAACCAGAGACUGAGGUGUCUCAGUAUUACGCUGCGCAUUUGCUGGAAACAACUUCGCGUCUUCCCAAAGAAUCAGAAGCAUUGAGCUUUCACUAUCUUGACCUGAUUAUAGCUCGUAUGAAUUUGAAGUGGGAUCAAAUUUUCAAGGAGUUGACCGCCAGUAGUGUCACCUACUAUACUGCUGUUAAAUCGGAUCCCGAGAAUCACGAUCAGCAACUGUUAAAAAUCGGAAUGGGAAUCUUGAAAAAUGCAAGCUUUCCUACUGCAGACGAAUCAAACGACACUAAAUUAGAGCAAUUCCAUAUUGUUCUACAAUAUUAUCUUCUAAACUCGCAUUCUCCUAAAUCCCAGGAGUGGCAUACCUUUAUUAUACAAUCUAUGGGCAAGACUUUUCAAAGUAUGCAGGUUUCAAAAACUGCUAUGAUAUACUUUGGUUGCGAGAACCAGUUGCGGGAAUCGACCUUAAACUUCGUUAACUUCUUGAACUACAAUAAAAAUUACAAAGAACUCAAUAAUGGUCAAUGGUUGGAUGUUGUUUCGCUCAUUGAAGGCUACAGGUUUGUUGCUGGUCAGCGUGGAUUAUCUGAUAUUCCAAAAAUUUUCAGUUUCACCGAUUUCUUGCAAGAGUUUGAAGGCUUGCUAACGCAAUUUUACGACAAUCUAUCUUUGCCCUUAUUAGGAAAAGAGAAGUCAAUGGACAUCGCUUCCCAUGGCACAAAGUUGUUUUUACCACAAAAGCUUUCGACUACUCUCUCCCGGUCUUGGAAUGCUUUAUAUGAACAAAACCGCGAGAGCCUCAAUUCCCUGUUACAAGAUUCUAAUUCAUACUACUUAGCCAAUGCAUUCUCUGCCGAUCCAACCUGUGACCAAAUCAACUUCAAUUAUGGAUAUACGCUGGCGCAGAAGAGAGAAAUUGGACAGGCUAUAAAAUUUAUCAAAGGUUUUAUUCUUGAAAAUGAACCGGAGAACUACAGGGCAUGGCAUUUACUCGCACUAUGCGAAUCUACAAAAGAAGAUAAAAACGUAUCAUUCAGAAUUGUGUGCUCCGUCUUGCAGGCCCUACAGCAGGCUAUUCAGGAAGGAUCGACAAUUCAAGUGGCGGAUAGAUGGCAACUUAUCAGCCUCAAAAUGACCCAGUUAAGUAUUACGAAGGAUAUGUUCGGUGCUGAGGAUGCAUUAGAGCUUUUACCAGAGCUCUUUGAACUUCUAAGUGUAGCGUUCCCUUCUCAAUUGAAAAAUUGUGACCUGGGUCCCGACUCCAACAAGAGCGUAGAGUAUCUACGUCAAAGUGUUUGGUUGUAUGCAGUAAAACUGUACAUGGCGAGCGAUUUAUUUGGAGACGCAAAGGAGGCAUUAGCCGAGUCCCGGGCUCAGACAUCGAAGUUUCAAAAUCUGAACAACGUUAUUGCUGAAGGUUACAUGUCGUUGAAAGACGACAAUAUGCGCGCUUUGCAAUCAUUUGAAAAAGUGCUGUAUCACGACCCGCUGAACACUGACGCCAUUGUAGGUUUUGCAAGGUGUCUGAUACCCGAUCCAGUGGUCGAAGAACAUCAUAAACUGGAUACAAAUAUGUUGCACAAACCCAAAGCAUCAGAUGCGCCAGAUGCGUUCUCCGGUGAAAAAGACAGAUCUGCUGCUCUAGCGAGACUAAAGCUGCUGCUGGAAGAGUCUGUUGAGAAAUCCAUCGAAGCAUGCCAUUCCCCAGAGAUAUGGUGGUGCAUGUCACAAGUUUAUGAAAAGUAUGGGGAUGUAGAAAGGGCAGAAUUAUCUCUUUGGAACACCGUAAAGUUUCAAGAACUUCAGCCCAUCAGAGAUUUUAGGAUGUGCAACUUUUAG